CUUCGGCUACGAACCCGCUCUUCAGUCCUACCAGAGGCGGCCGUCCGCCAACAUGCGUCCUCCAAAGUCGCGACUUGACGCGUUUUUCAAGUGUCGUCGUGCUGAAGAGGUAACUUCUUCAACAUUGGUACUAAUGGCUCUUUUCUUGUUCACCCUUCGCAUUGGAUUUACGCAGGCAGAUUGCUGGUACAACGGAGGUUACGAAGGUAACCGAAGUUACGGUGAGGGCGAAGAAGUUAUGACCGCGGAGCCUUGUUUGAACUGCACCUGCAGCAGAUCCACUUUACUUUGUUAUUUAAGGGUGUGCCCAAAAUUACCAAAUCCUCCACCGCCUGGUUGUAUCCUUUUGUAUAGAUAUAAAACGUGUUGUCCGGACUUAAUUUGUCACGAUUCUCAAAAGUUAGAAUAUAAUCCUUUGGCGAGGUCUGAAGAAGAUGGAUUUGAAAUUGAAAGUGAACAUCUAGCUUAUUUUGCAAAUGCUUGUGUAGCAAAUGGAACAAUUUAUGCUCCUGGUUCAGCGAUGGAUUCUUCAUCAUAUUGUGAAUAUUGUUAUUGUUUAGCGGGAAAACAAAGAUGCGUUAAACCGAAAUGCCUUCUGCCAAUCGAUGGAUGUUCUCCAAUGUAUCAUUCGAGUAGCUGUUGUCCUGUUCAUUAUAAAUGUGAAAAUACCGAAACAACAACAAGUACCACGACUCAGCCACCAAAAAUUCUUGAAAAUAGUUGCCUUGUAUCUGGGACUUACCACCCUAAUGGUCAUAAAAUCUUAGGAGUUGGUCACUCAGCUUGCGAUAACUGUUAUUGUAUAAAAGGUUUGGUAAGAUGUGAACCUUUAUCUUGUGCACCUCCACUUCUUGGGUGUUCCCCUGUUAUUAGGCCUGGAGAAUGUUGUGCUGCCAGUUAUAACUGCAGUGGCACCAUAGAGGCACGCCCUGAAGUUAAUUACGAUAAUAUACCAAUUAUGAGCAAAGAAUAUGCCAAGUUAAGAAAAGAAGCAACUACUCGGAGGGACACUAAUCAUAUUUUUCAAUAUGAAAACGUAGCUACGGCAAAACCGCAAAGAACAUCAGGAUAUUUUGGAACAACAAGACAUUUUUCUGGAAAUAUUAUCGAUACAAGCACAGUUAAACCACAACUUAAUCCAAUAGAGGAUAUGAUUAAACUUAAUGAUGUUACAACAAAGAUUUAUCCAGAAAUCGUUUAUAGACCAAAUAAUAAGUAUCACAAAAUAGAUUCUAUUCCAGUAAAUCACGUUCAUAUUAAUUCAAUUUUAAACGGAAAUCUGAAAUUAAAUCCCGCUGAAACAUUUGAAUUAAACAAAGUUAAAGAAACGACCACAACUGAAAUUCCAACUACUGAAACCGCAGAUUUAGUAACAACAGAUCAAAAUCAUACAGAAGCAACGGAGAUUGGAGACGCCACCAUGUUAGCUUCAACAAUUUUCGAUUUAUUUACUCAGGAAUUAUUUAACGAUGACGAAAACGAUAUUAAGAAAGAUGAUGAUACGUCAAUAGUUUCAACUGAAUUUCCUACAACUUUAUAUUCCGAGACGAUUUUUAAUUCAGAAGUUACAACAAUCAAAUCCGUUUUAAACUCGACAGAUUGUAUCGAAAAUUCGGAUCAACAAAGCGAUGAAUCUUCGAAUCACUCUAAUCUUCAUUUAGAUCAUAAGGAAGACGUGACCACCGUCGAUUUAGAAUCUAAAGUGAAAGUGUCGACAGUUACGAUGCAUCCGUUGGAAAAAUUAUCGGUCGACGCUUUGGUGUUAACAAAAGAUAAGGACGAUUAUGACUAUGGUAAACCAACUUUACCACCGUCAUUACCUAAUUUAAAAAUCAUACCAUUUUUACCAUCUGAUGCUGUGGAUACGAAGACCGAAAUUGUGUAUCCUCCGUUUGAAGAUCGAACAGAUACUCUUUUUGCGUAUGCACUCAAUUCUUUUACGCCACCGAAUAAAACAGAAAGCGGAUUUGUUCCAAAAGAUCCACCACCAAUUGAAGAUUAUUAUGAUCCUUAUACAUCAGGUUUAGAUGGAAAUGCUGUUACAGCUAUUACGAAAGCUAUUACUCCUUUACCACUUCGUAGCAAACUCAGUGGAGUUAGUUGUCUCCAUGAACUCAACGAAUAUAGACACGGCGAAACAAUACCUUCCAAUAACAUAUGCGAAGUGUGCGAGUGCUUCUUUGGUAAUGUAAUUUGUCACGAAUACAACUGUCCACCUUUAAAACCUGGGUGUCGAGAAUCGGGAAUUUUAGAAAGAACAACAUGUUGUCCACAUAUUAUAUGUGAUGAUGAAUCAAUUCCUUCAUCAUUAUUGGAACAAAUUGAAGAUACAUCAAGUCCAAAAGAAGUUGUAACGGUUGCUGAAGGAAUAAUUUCUCAAAACCCGUUUAAAGAUGUUAUUCGUACAGAACCAGCUCCCAAUUUAAACAUUUUAAGAGACGAUAUGAAAAAUUUUAUUCAAAGAAAAUCCCAAACAACAACUCCGUUUCCAAUUACUUCAAAAAACGACGAGUAUUCGUUAGAUAAAAUAUUCCAGUCGUUAUUGAGUGAUUCUGAAUCAAUCAUAACAACUUCUAAACCUGAAUUUGUAAAGAUUUCAACGACGAUUUCUACAACUAAUCAACCAAUUAAUGAAGAAAAAGUUAAAACCGGUGAAAAUUACGUAAAACCGAGUGAAUCACCCGGAGUUGGAUUGUUAAAAUUGGCUGGAUGUAAUAUUUAUGGAAGAAUGUAUAGGGUAGGAAGGAUAAUUUCAGAAUUAUCUGGUCCAUGUUUAGAAUGUAAAUGUACGGAAGUUGGGGUACAAUGCAAAGAUUUAUGUUGAACCAGAAUUUGUACCGAAUAAAAUGGAAAUAGUGCCAUUUUUUUUUGUUCAAAUUCUAAUCGGUUCAAUUCGAAACUACCAAUUAUUCGGCUAUAAUAAAUUCCGAACGAUUUUUCAGUCUGUGAUAAAGAUACACUAUAAAAGAAAUUGAUCCCGUUUAUUAUCUUUCGGACAUUUGGAAUUUAUUCUUUACGUAUUAUUGGUGGUUAUUUUUUUAUUAAAAGUCGAUGCAACAGGAUGAAGAAUUUAUUUGUUAACUACAGUUUUUUAUAGCGACGCGAAAGAGAAUAUUACCAUUAUUGAAAUAGUCAUAAUUCUUUAUUUAUCAACAAUACCAGUAAAAUGAAAUUUUGCGUGAUCCUUUGACAUAGAAACAAAAAUAAUAGA